ACAACUCAGACCCGAGAGAGAGAGAGGGAUUUACAAGAGAAUUUGAGAGAUUCAUACACAGAUUUGAACCAGAUCUGAAAUCUUUCAUCUUUCCCUUUGAUUCAUGAUAUGGGUAACCGAUCGCAUCUAGGGUUUCCGAUUCAUCACAUAUGGAUCUGUGUUUUUCUUCUUUUAUCCAUCCAUGGACACUCCUUCUACCUUCCUGGUGUCGCUCCUCAGGAUUUCUUCAAGGGAGAUGCUCUGAGGGUAAAAGUAAACAAACUCGCUUCUACAAAAACCCAGCUCCCUUAUUCUUAUUAUUCUGUCCCUUAUUGUCGCCCAGACAAGAUAGUUGAUAGUGCUGAGAAUCUUGGGGAAGUUCUUCGCGGUGAUCGUAUAGAAAAUUCUCCCUAUGAGUUUCAAAUGCUAGUGCCACAGAUGUGCAAUGCUGUAUGUCGUGUAGUACUAAAUGAGAAAACAGCCAAAGAAUUUAAGGAGAAGAUAGAUGAUGAGUACAGAGUUAACAUGAUAUUGGACAAUCUACCUCUGGUUGUACCCAUGACAAGGAUGGAAAAGGAUUCACCCAUUAUAUAUCAGCAUGGAUUUUUUGUCGGACGCAAAGUACAGUAUGCUGGAACAAAGGAAGAAAAGUAUUUUAUCAACAAUCAUUUGACAUUCACAGUCAAGUUUCACAAGGACAUUCAAACAGACUCUGCAAGGAUUGUAGGAUUUGAAGUCAAUGCUUUCAGUGUCAAGCAUCAAUAUGAUGGCCAAUGGAGCAGAAAGACCCGUCUAACAACCUGUGACGCACAUGCCAAACGGAUGGUCACCAGCUCUGACCCUCCACAAGAGGUCGAAGAUAAGAAGGAGAUCAUCUUCACUUAUGAUGUCGAUUUCCAGGAGAGUGAUGUCAAAUGGGCAUCCAGAUGGGACACCUAUCUUCUAAUGGCAGAUGAUCAAGUUCACUGGUUUUCAAUUGUGAACUCCCUUAUGAUUGUUCUUUUCCUAUCGGGUAUGGUGGCUAUGAUCAUGUUAAGGACGCUUUACCGUGACAUCUCCAAAUACAACCAAUUAGAAACACAAGAAGAGGCCCAAGAAGAAACGGGAUGGAAACUGGUUCAUGGCGAUGUUUUCCGUCCUCCACCUAACUCGGAUUUGCUGUGUGUUUAUGUCGGAACUGGUGUUCAGUUCUUUGGCAUGAUCUUAAUAGCCAUGAUUUUCGCUGUGCUAGGAUUUCUCUCACCAUCUAACCGAGGUGGGCUCAUGACAGCCCUCCUUCUACUCUGGGUUCUCAUGGGCAUCUUUGGUGGGUAUGCAUCAGCUCGCCUCUACAAAACGUUCAAAGGAACCGAAUGGAAAACAAUCACCCUUAAAACCGCUUUCAUGUUCCCAGGAAUCGCCUUUGCCAUUUUCUUCGUCCUCAAUGCUUUGAUCUGGGGUGAGAAAUCCUCCGGGGCAGUGCCAUUUGGUACCAUGUUUGCGUUGGUAUUCUUGUGGUUUGGCAUAUCCGUUCCACUUGUUUUUGUGGGAAGUUAUAUUGGUUUCAAAAAGCCAGCAAUUGAAGAUCCAGUGAAAACCAAUAAGAUCCCUAGGCAAAUACCUGAACAAGCUUGGUACAUGAGCUCGGCUUUCUCCAUCCUGAUUGGUGGUAUACUUCCAUUCGGGGCAGUCUUUAUCGAGCUCUUUUUCAUACUAACAUCAAUUUGGUUACAGCAGUUCUACUAUAUCUUCGGUUUCCUUUUCAUCGUGUUCUUGAUUCUGAUCGUGACUUGUGCCGAGAUCACAAUAGUGCUAUGCUACUUCCAGCUUUGUAGCGAAGACUACCUCUGGUGGUGGAGAUCAUAUCUAACAUCAGGUUCUUCUGCUUUAUACCUGUUCCUAUACACGAUCUUUUACUUCUUCACGAAACUGAACAUCACGAAGCCGGUUUCUGGCAUAUUGUACUUUGGGUAUAUGCUGAUCGCGUCAUAUGCUUUCUUUGUGCUGACGGGCACGAUUGGUUUCUACGCGUGCUUCUGGUUCACAAGGCUGAUCUAUUCAUCAGUGAAGAUUGAUUGAUUGAGUAGUAAGGGGUAAUAUAGGAGGAAAUUAGGAAAAGGAUGGUGGAUGUUUAGGGAUACUUGUUUUGAAUUUUGGUCUGCAUAAUUUGUAUGUAGAGAUUUGAGAGGAUUCUGAAAGUUGGAUGUUUUGGUUCUUGUUUAUCUAUCAAUCUAUCUGUUUGUAUCAGGAUUAUUCUUAUUCUUCUGUGUGAAGUUUAUUGUCUUCGUCUUACCAUAUGGCA